ACUAACACUAGGUAAACGACCUGAUCACUAUUUCCUUUCUUUCACAGCCUCGGACAAAUUAUAAUAAUUAUAAUAUCACGACCUUCCGCUUUCUGCCUAAUUCUAGUAGUGUAAUAGGCUAAUAGGUAUAUUUUAGAAGACAGUAAGAUGAAUCCUAGCUCCUGUCGUAAUAAAUACGAAAACAAACACACAGUCACAACGUUUUUCGGAAUGGAUUCGGGAUUUCAACCAUAUACUUCAAAAGAAGUUAAUAUGAGUUGGAUGGAAAAAAUUGUUUUAUUUCUCGCGGAUGAGUUUAACAUUCGCCUAAGGUGGAACAUAAAAGACGCUGCAAUAUUUACUACAGGCUUUGCAAUAAUCGGGACUGCAAUUGGUGGAUAUAAUGGUGGUAAAGUAGGAGCUGCUAUUGGAGCAGGAGUUGGUGGAGUUACAGGACUGGCAGUAUCCAGUAAGUAUAUUGAUAUGAAGAAAUUUGUGUAUCUAUAAUUUAUUCAGGCUAAAGUUUAAAACAUAUUUUUAUUUCGUCUGCCAAUCGUGGUAACUAUGGCAAAAUCCCCACUAUGAAGUAAUCUAUGGGGGAGGCCUAUGUUCAGCAGUAAACUUUUGUUGGCUGUAAUCAAUGACAUCUGAAUUAAUCAAGAACAUAAUUUUUGAUAUAAAGAAUUCAAUCCUUGUUUGGUUAUGACAAUUUUAACCGCUGUAAUUUAAGGAAUUGUAUUAUGAGAAGGCAACAACACUCUUGAAGAACUACAGACCGAUUUCCCUUCUGAGCCGCGUCUACGUGCUGUUUACGAGUGUCAUUACGAAUCGUCUCGCACGCAGUCGACGACUUCCAGCCUCCUGAACAAAUCUGUUUCCGAAAAGGCUUUAGCACCAUAGACCACAUACAUACCCUUCGACAAAUUGUGGCGAAGACCGAGGAUUACAAUCUGCCACUAUGAAGACUAUGAAAAAGCCUUUGAUUCCGUCGAAAUUUGGGCGACGCUGGAGUCCCUAUAUCGGUUCCAAGUUGACUGUCGGUAUAUCAAAGUGCUGAAGUGUUUGUACAGUAGGGCUACGAUGGCUAUCCGAGAACAGAACCAGAGUACGAAACCUAUCCAACUGCAGAGAGGUCUAAGACAGGGUGACGUUAUAUCCCCGAAACUUCACCGCUGCACUGGUAUAUGGAUAUGGAUAUGGUAUUAAUAUCAAUGGCGAGUACAUCACUCACCUUCGGUUUGCCGACGAUGUAGUCCUUAUGGCAGAAACGCUGGAGGAUCUAAGUACUAUGCCCAAUGACCACAAUAGUGAGGUGAGGUGAGGAAUAAUGAGGUAGGUGGUCGCUUCCAAGCAGGUUCUAAAAUAAAUUUUGUAAAUAGUUCGUAAUCAUUUAUAUAGUAAAAUUUAUUUAAAAAAAAGUCCCGCUGGGUUUCUUGCUGGUUCUUCCCAGGACAGAGGGUUUUUUUUGAACCAUUGGUAAAGUAAACAAUGACUUUCAAUAAGAAUUACACAUGUAAUGUAUAUUGAAUAAAAAUUAUUCUUUUUUUUUUCCCUUCCCCCCGGACUUCCACAGAGUAAAGACGUGUUUAUCGUUUGUUGUAAUAGUAAUAGUAAGUAAGUAAAUAGUACUUGUAUUUUCUAAUAAAUGUUGUGACAAAAUAAUGAUAAAAUAUUAGGAGUGCAUAAAGCACCAGGAGUUUUACGAAGUGCUAGUGACAUCUACGGAAGUGAUUACAACAGACUAAAUUAUACGUGUGAAUAAAAUCAUCACAUUUACUCAACAAAUAAAUAGGACACAGCAUAAGACACCACACGUUUGCAACACAAUAAGAAAAGAGACGGUUAUAUUUUUAUUUGUACGGUUGCAUUACGGGUACGAGUUCGCAAAUCCAUUGUGUUCACACUUCCUAACUCAUAUUGCCCUGAUAAUUAAACGUUGAGGCGUCUUUUACUUCAAAACCGGUUGGGUAUACAAUGCCGAUCAACCGCACGCCGCCGCCCGCCUCGCCCGUGCCUAUGUGCUCCGAUGAUACACCGCAUACGCGCGCAAUCGACGCGAUGGAACGGACGACGAUACUUCAUUGUGAAUCUGCGCCUGAUAUUCCAUCGCUUACGUUAAAUGUCACCGAGCGUAAAAAAAGGAAACAUGACGGAAUGAAUCCUAAUAUUAUGUCUUAUAUGAGUGAAAUGUUUUCAGUUUAUACGAAUGAACAAGCAAAACUUUUUAAAGAUUUACAAACUAUAGUUUCUAGUAUAAAGGAACAGAACGAUGAAUUAAAAAAGAGCGUUGAUACUAUGUCAAGCAAGUAUGAUGAGUUUUUAUCACGGAUAUCUGUUCUUGAGGCAGAGAAAAAGCAGGAUAGAUAUAUUAUACAACAACUACAAGAGAAAAUAGAAAAUAUGGAACGAAAGUCUAGAUGUUCAGGAAUAGAAAUAAGAAACAUACCUAAAAACAAUGAAGAAACAAAAGAAAAUCUAUGUAGCACUGUAAAAAGAUUAGGGAAGUAUUUGAACGUAAAUUUGCAGGAUUCGGACAUAAAAGACGUGUAUAGAACUUACUCUAAAACAGGGACUAGACCGGUUAUAGUGGAAUUCAAUUCAGUCAUCAUUAAAGAAAAGAUGUUAAAUGAAGUAAAAAGAUUUAAUAAAACGAAACCAAAAAGUGAGAAAUUAAAUACUUCGCAUUUAAAUUACUCACAAAAAAACAUCCCCAUAUAUGUCACGGAGACGUUAACACAAAAUACUCAAAAACUGUUCUAUCAAGCCAGAAUUUUCCAGAAAAAUCAUAACUAUUUAUUCUGCUGGACAUCUAGAGGUAUUGUAUACAUACGCAAGAAUGAAAAUUCUUCUCAAAUUAGAAUAAAUAAUGAAACAGAUUUAGAAAAUCUACGGAAGACCGAAUGACUAGUAUUAAGAUUAAGAUUCGAUUUUUUCGCAUCCUUUCUUUUCUUUUUAACUAUAAUAGUAAGAAUAAAGUUUAUUUUAACCUUAUACCUUAUAAUACACAUAGUCACAGUUUACACACAAUACACAAACAAAAUUCAAACAUUAUGCACACAUACUUUCAUUACAUUACAACUAACACAAUCAUAUUUUAAAUUACACGUAUAUUUUACAAUAAACCAUAUUCACUCAUUUCAUAUAUGCAACUUACAGUUACAUUUUUCAAUUAAUUUAUAUAAUAAAAGAUAUUAUUUAAUCAAUAAUGCGAUUUUGUUAGAAAAAUUUAAAAUAAUAAAUAUAAAUAAAAGGCGAUAACGCUCAAAGUUUCACCAUUAACUUAGAUAAAGUUACGGUAUCGAAAUCGAUAGUUUGUGACGUUGAAGAUUGUUAUAAGUACUUGUCAUCUAAUGAAUCCAACUUCACAAUUAUUACACAGAAUAUACGAAGUAUUAACUGUAAUAUGACAGAUUUUGAAGUAUUGUUAACUAGAUUAAAAAUAGAUUUUGAUGUUAUUGUACUAAGUGAAUGCUGGCUGCUUAAUAAGGACAACUUACCUAAAAUUAAUGCUCCACCAAUUAUAAUAAUAACCAGAAUGACGGAUUAGUAAUAUAUAUAAAAGAAAAACAUUUGUUCACGGCUGAAGAGCCUCAUUUUCAAGAAGGGAAUUGUAUGAUAACAACAUUGAAUGAUAUUGUCAUAAUAUCAAUAUAUAGAUCACCGUCAUAUAAAAACUUAGAAAGCUUUUUUGUCUCUUUAGAUAGAGUACUACAGAAAUAUUCGAAACAUAAAAACAUAAUUAUAAUAGGAGAUAUAAAUAUUAACAUUAAGAGUGAUAAAACAGAUAUUAAUUCCGAUAAGUAUUUGCAAUUGACAGCAUUCCAUGGGUUGUUACCUACGCAUACUCUAGUAACACGUGACGCGAGCGGUUCGUGUAUUGAUCAUGUUCUUUUAAAAACGAAUAAUCCUUCACUUACUAUGGUUCCUCAAACAUCAAUUACUGAUCACAAACCUGUAAUUCUAUGUAUUAAAAAGAAACAACGUCAACAGUUUUUUACAACUACUAUCAGAAAAAUUGAUCAUGACAAACUUCGUUUAGAUAUGCAAAACAUUGACAUUUCACCCAUAUAUGAUGUUAAAGAUCCAAAUACUUCUCUUGAAUACUUAGUUAAUAAAAUACAAACAGUCAUUGAAGUUAAUACUAAAUUAAUAAAGUUGCCAAGACAAAAAAAGAUCAUCAAACCUUGGAUUACGACUGGACUUCUUAGAUGUAUUCGUCACCGUGAUAAACUACAUAAGAGGGCCAGACGUUUUCCAGAGAGUGAAAGUGAUCAAAUUAUAUACCGACCAUAUCGUAAUCACUGUAACGCACUGCU